AUGUGUUUGCAGAUCCACCUGCCUGUUGCUCGUCUGGUCCUGGAUGAAAUUCUUUUCGUCAGAGAAGAACCGCAGCAUCCCGUUGAACCCGUGCUUGGAGAUAUUCGUGAUGAACAUGCGGCGAGACUUGCGGUAGGAGGAGUAACCAAUGUCCUUCUAUGUCCUUCAGUCUAUGUCAGAGGCGAUCUUGGCGUAGCUCUGGCUUCCAUCUUUGUCGACUGUCUCCUUGACGGCGGCGACGAACACGUUGGUCUUAACGACCGAAGAACGAACGUUGUGGGCCUUUCGUUUGGCAGUAAAUUCGUUCUUGUUCUCACACGCCUUACACUUCCUCCAAAUCUCCAUGACCAUGGUCUUCUUGAAACCAAACCAGGCCAUCACUUCCGCAGGCUUCUUCACGUACGUCUAUCUGUCUGUCUGUCUGUCUAUCUAUCUAUCUAUCUUUUUCUGUUCAUUAUGCAUGUAUGUAUGUACGUAUCUAUCUAUCUAUUCAUCUUUUCAUUUCAAUUUGUUCUAUAUCUAACUAUAUAUCUCCGUCUAUUGUCAAUGUAUGUAUGUACAUAUCUCUCUUUUUCUAUCUAUCUAUCUAUCUAUCUAUCUAUCUAUCUAUCUAUCUAUCUAUCUAUCUCAGUUUGUGUAUGCAUGUAUCUAUCUAUCUAUCUAUCUAUCUAUCUAUCUAUCUAUCUAUCUAUCUAUGUGUAUUGA